AUGCUGGCCAGAGAAUGGCCGGUUUUUUAUGGAAAAAGACCAGCUAGGGACUUUGAGAUUAGCUAUAUCCACGCGGAAUUGUUCGAGCUCUCGGUGGACGGGAGCAAAUGGGUGCUCGUCGAGCCGCGACUACUCUAUGUCACCGUCCACACGAGUACUAUUGACGACAGUACGCGGGUCACCGCCACAACUGCCGCCGGCCGCUCCGUCGUCGAGUCCAAGCUAUCCAGCGGCUCUAAAGUCGAGCGUAUCUCCGAGUGCUUCGUCUUCUGGCGGGACGCGACGCAACGGACGUUGGCCGUGAAUACAUUGUCGAGCCGAUCC